GGCGGGCGCGGGCGGCGGCUCGUCCCGGGGCAGCCAUGGGGGAGGCGGCGGGGGGCAGCGCGGUGCCGCCGCCGGCGGAGGCUGCGGGCGGAGGGCAGGUGAACGCCCUGACCGUGCUGGCCCUGCUAGAGAAGCUGGUGUCCAUGCUGGAGUCAGUGGAAGGGCAGCAGCGGCAGAUGGAGCAGAGGCAGCGGGGGCUGGAAGGGGCGGUGAAGGGCAUCCAGGGGGACCUGGGCAAGCUGUGCCGCAGCCACGGAGCUACGGGCGCGGCUGUGGAGAAGCUGCUGGAGAAGUCGCAGAAGGUGUGCGCCCACACCCGCGCCGUGCGGGAGCGGCUCGAGCGGCAGUGCGCGCAGGUGCGGCGGCUGGAGCAGCACCACGCCCAGCUGCUGCGCAGGGACCGCUUCAAGGUGCUCAUCUUCCAGGAGGAAAAUGAGAUCCCUGCCAGUGUUUUUGCAAAAGAGCCUAUUCCCAGCAUUACAGAAGGAAAAGAAGAGCCUGUGGAUGAGAACAAAACACUGGAAGAAACCUUGCAUACAGUGGAAUUGUCUUCAGAGGAUGACAUACAUCAUGAAGAUGAUGUGGGUGACAGUGCAGAGGAGAAAGCAGAAGAGUCAAGAGCUGAGAAAAUUAAAAGGACCAGCCUGAAGAAGGUUGACAGCCUCAAGAAAGCGUUCUCCCGCCAAAACAUCGAGAAGAAGAUGAACAAGAUCAGCACAAAGAUUGUCUCACCUGAACGGAGAGAGAAGAUUAAGAAAUCCCUUACAGUACACCAUCAGAAAUCCUCCUCUUCCAAGAGUUCGCCUUUCAAAGUUCCGCUCGCAUUCAAUGUGAAGAAAGCCCGUGAAGGAGAAAGCCCUGCUGAAACCGAGGACAGACCAGCAGAUACAGCAAGCACCGACCAGGCCGAGAACGAGGAGGAGAUGUCCUUCACUGACACGCACUCAGAUAUGACCCCCACCACGUCUCUGGCUGAGGAGAGCAAAGCAGUCAUUGAUUCUUUGGAGAAAGAAGCCAGGAUGGAAGGCAGUGCCAUGACAAACAACAACAUCGAGCUGUCCAUUGUUGAGGAUGAUGAAGAGUACGGGAUGCCUCUCGAAGACUCCAGCCAGAAACUGUAUGAUGAACGGAGCAAACCAGUCAGUGGGGAAAUGGAAGAAUCUGAUGAAGAAACAACCCAAGCAGCUGUUCUGCAGAUAGACCAAACAGCCUAAGAUGUCAGAGCCGUCCUUCAGCUUCCAGAUGCCCACAGUUUUGCCUAGGUGAAUGACUGGUUUCUGCUACACGUGUGGUAGUGGUGAUCCGGUUUUUUCCAGCCUUCUCUCUGCAAUGAUAAUUUACUGCAUCAUAUUGGAAUGCAGAGGGAACAUAGGCAACAAAUCACGCUGCAACGUGCUCCAAUUUUUAGGCCAAUCCUCUGGUAUUCAUUAAUGUAGAGAUACUGUCAGCUGGUGUAAGAGACUAACAGGAAAAAAGAGCAUGUCCAGCAGGAGCAAGCUGCUUAGCUGGCUUUCUUCUAGUUAGGUCAGAGAAAUGCAGGGAGAGUAGUCAAAGCCCAAACACUUCUGUUUUCCUCUCUCAGAGUAUUUAGUACUGUGAGUAAUUUUGUAUGUAAGUGUAGAAAUACCAAUGAGAACACUUGAGUAUAGUUUGCUAUGCUCUGUGAAUGCUAACAGCCUCAGUAGCUGCAUCCCCAUGCAGCUGGUGUGGAGCUUUGCUCCCUGAUGUUGCAAGGCCAGAAGAGCAGAGUACAUAGCAAAACUGAAAAGUUGGAUCCAUCAGUCUCUGUGGGCAGAAGAUUUUUGCCAGUAGUCUCUCGCUUAGAAGAAAUGACUGUGUUUAUAUGGAAAUGAAAAGAUGUAUUUCAAUCUACCAGAGUUACAGAAAUACAUUAGUGACAGACAUGAAUGUGUAAUCAGCUACUGUACCUUUAAUGGAUCAGAAAUUGUUAAAAAAAAAAAAAAAAGAGAGAGAGGAGUUUGAUAGAAACAGUAGAAA